AUGAGCACGACUGUCGUUACUGGCGUGGCUGGCAUCACUGCCGUCAUAACAAUGCUUUCCAUGGUCACAGUCCUCUAUCUCGUGAAUGACAUUAACAAUUUCUAUGACGAUGCCCUUACGCAGCUCACAGACUUCAAGGACAUGGCCAACUCAGCAUGGCACGAAAUGAGACCCACCUACCAUACAAGGGAUACAAGAGAAGUGAUCUACGGACUGCUCAAAGGAAAGAACGCUCGAACUAGAGAGCGUCGCCAAUGGCCAGCGCAUUGCGCUUGUGGAGCGGCACCAGCAUCUUGCCCACAAGGACCUCCAGGACCCCCUGGAGAAAAAGGGCUCGAUGGAGAACCCGGCUUGCCUGGUUUACCGGGGAAACGUGGAAACGACGGCAUUGGAAUUAGCAUGGGCGGUGGAGCUGGCGGGUGUAUCAAGUGCCCGCCGGGACCUCCUGGACAACCGGGACCAGAUGGCCCACCGGGACCUCCUGGACCGCAGGGACCACCUGGAACAGGAGGUGGACCUGGUGGGCAAGGACCACCUGGCCCUCCUGGACCUAUGGGAGAUCCGGGACCAGCGGGACCUCCUGGACCUCCUGGACCGAAUGGACCAGCAGGAACAUCUGGACAAAAAACCGUUGGUGUACCAGGUCCUCCUGGACCGGCUGGACCCAUGGGACCGCCAGGACCACCUGGUCCAGCUGGCAGCGGUUACGGAGCACCACAACCUGGACCGCCAGGACCUCCUGGGCCAGCAGGAAAACCAGGACCACCGGGACCAGAUGGGCCACCUGGAGCACCCGGUCCAGCCGGUACACCUGGUGGAGAUGCUGCAUAUUGCCCAUGUCCUCCUCGUACAGUCGCUAAAGGAAAGAGGAGCUCCUUGCUUUCAAAGGCAGCACCGAAAGAAGUCGACGCAAUCAAGGUGAAGUAGAGAAAGCUC